CAGAUGUAUCUGCUGCGCUCAUAGCUGGUAUCAUGAAAGCAGUAAUCCCAAACUUGUAGCCAUGAUUCCAUAACCAGCAUGUUUGCACACCAAAAAUAAGGAAACCAAUGCACAUGGACUCAACCAAAUACUUCUUGGGGUUGUAGCAACCAACAACACAGCAAUCUCCUCAGGAUGAACAGGAAAAGCUCCUGGAUGAAGCCAUUCAGGCUGUGAAGGUGCAGUCGUUCCAGAUGAAGAGAUGCUUGGACAAGAACAAGCUCAUGGAUGCUCUGAAACAUGCUUCCAACAUGCUUGGGGAGCUGCGGACUUCUAUGUUAUCUCCAAAGAGCUAUUAUGAGCUCUACAUGGCAAUUUCUGAUGAGCUGCACUACUUGGAAGUCUACCUGACAGAUGAAUUUGCCAAAGGCAGGAAAGUGGCAGACCUUUAUGAGCUAGUACAGUACGCUGGAAAUAUCAUUCCAAGACUGUAUCUGCUGAUAACAGUAGGUGUUGUCUAUGUCAAGUCGUUUCCACAGUCCAGGAAAGAUAUUUUAAAAGACCUGGUGGAGAUGUGCCGUGGAGUGCAGCAUCCUCUUAGAGGCCUCUUUCUUAGAAACUAUCUCCUGCAGUGUACCAGGAAUAUCUUACCAGAUGAAGGCGAGCAAGCAGAUGAAGAAACCACUGGAGAUAUCAGUGACUCGAUGGAUUUUGUGCUGCUGAACUUUGCUGAGAUGAACAAACUCUGGGUGCGAAUGCAGCACCAGGGCCACAGUCGGGACAGAGAGAAAAGGGAGCGUGAGAGGCAGGAGCUGAGGAUCCUCGUGGGAACAAACCUGGUUCGCCUCAGUCAGCUGGAAGGGGUUAAUGUGGAGCGAUACAAGCAGAUUGUUCUGCCUGGAAUACUGGAGCAAGUUGUGAACUGUAGAGAUGCUUUAGCUCAGGAGUACCUCAUGGAGUGCAUCAUACAGGUUUUCCCAGAUGAAUUUCACCUCCAAACCCUGAACCCAUUUCUCAGAGCCUGUGCUGAGCUGCACCAAAAUGUGAAUGUGAAAAAUAUAAUUAUUGCUUUAAUUGACAGGUUAGCUUUAUUUGCACAUCGUGAAGAUGGACCUGGUAUCCCAGCAGAUAUCAAACUGUUUGACAUCUUUUCACAGCAGGUUGCUACUGUUAUACAGUCUCGGCAGGAUAUGCCCUCAGAGGAUGUGGUGUCUUUGCAAGUUUCUCUCAUUAACCUGGCUAUGAAAUGCUACCCAGAUCGAGUGGACUAUGUUGACAAGGUGUUGGAGACUACUGUGGAAAUAUUCAACAAACUUAAUCUGGAACAUAUUGCAACAAGCAGUGCUGUUUCAAAGGAGCUGACUAGACUUUUGAAAAUCCCUGUUGAUACUUACAACAACAUCCUGACAGUUCUGAAACUAAAACAUUUUCACCCGCUCUUUGAAUACUUUGAUUAUGAGUCCAGGAAGAGCAUGAGUUGUUAUGUGCUUAGCAACGUAUUGGAUUAUAACACAGAAAUUGUGUCCCAAGAACAGGUUGAUGCCAUCAUGAAUUUGGUAUCCACCCUGAUCCAGGAUCAACCAGAUCAGCCUACUGAAGAUCCUGACCCUGAGGACUUUGCUGAUGAGCAGAGUCUUGUGGGAAGAUUUAUUCAUCUCCUGCGUUCUGAUGACCCUGACCAACAGUACCUGAUCCUCAACACUGCCCGGAAGCACUUCGGGGCAGGGGGGAACCAGCGCAUUCGUUUCACACUGCCACCCUUGGUUUUUGCUGCAUACCAGCUCGCUUUUCGCUACAAAGAGAACUCCAAAGUGGAUGACAAAUGGGAAAAGAAGUGCCAGAAGAUCUUCUCAUUUGCUCAUCAGACCAUCAGUGCUCUGAUCAAAGCAGAACUGGCAGAGCUGCCUCUCCGACUCUUCCUGCAGGGAGCACUGGCUGCGGGAGAGAUUGGCUUUGAGAAUCAUGAAACUGUGGCCUAUGAGUUCAUGUCCCAGGCCUUCUCUCUGUAUGAAGAUGAAAUCAGUGACUCAAAAGCACAGCUGGCUGCAAUCACCUUGAUAAUUGGGACAUUUGAGAGGAUGAAGUGCUUCAGUGAGGAGAACCACGAGCCUUUGAGGACUCAGUGUGCACUGGCAGCCUCCAAACUCCUGAAGAAGCCAGACCAGUGCAGAGCUGUGAGCACUUGUGCCCAUCUGUUCUGGUCUGGCCGAAACACUGACAAGAAUGGAGAGGAGCUUCAUGGAGGAAAAAGAGUGAUGGAAUGCCUAAAGAAGGCUCUGAAGAUAGCAAAUCAGUGCAUGGACCCUUCUCUGCAAGUCCAGCUUUUCAUAGAAAUUCUGAAUAGAUACAUCUAUUUUUAUGAAAAAGAGAAUGAGGCGGUGACAAUUCAGGUUUUGAAUCAGCUUAUACAGAAGAUCAGAGAAGAUCUCCCAAACCUUGAGUCUACUGAAGAAACAGAACAAAUUAACAAACACUUUCACAACACACUGGAGCACUUGCGUCUGAGGAGGGAAUCACCGGAAUCUGAGGGGCCAAUUUAUGAAGGUCUUGUUCUUUAGAAAGACACUCACUGUACCUGUUUUCAUUUACAUACCAUAUGUUUUUUUUAAGAUAGGUUCCUAGGUUGUGCCUUUCAGAAAUGUCAAGUUAAGUUAACAUUCAUGUGUUCAGUCUGGCACUUCAAACACUUGCGUUGGGUACUCUUAACAAAUUUGAAAGGGUGGACCAGCAACUACAGGUUUCAUCAGUUAGCAUGGCUGAGACUUUCUUUGAAAUCCAUGUGACAUGGUAGGGCUCUUCAGUUCUGAUUUCUCUCCUGUCUAUUCACUGUUGCUUCUGUAGCACUAGAGCUCUAAACUGGCAGUGACUGUCAGCUGAAACUGUGUCUGAUCCUUACAGAGCAUCAGAUUUUUGGGAUUACUGUAUGUCAAAUUCUGCUUGUGCUUUUCUUUUAAUGCAAGUUAAGACUAAGUGUAAUAUUUUUCCCUAAAACUAGAAUAUAUUAAUGCAUGUUUGGAGAGUUUUAAAGUACCAUGUUCAAAAACAGAAGUUAUAUUUUGCAUAUUAAGGCUCUGUGACAUUCAGUGAGGGCCAGUACUGUGCACAGGGCAUAUUUAUCAAGAUAAUUUUGUUCCAAAUAGUAUAAAAAAAAUAGAGAAAUUGCAAUCUAUAUAGAUAUGUAUAACCUUCGUUACUGUAAAUUUAGGGGAAAAUGCAUUACACAAGUUUAUUCAGUAUCAUGAUUUUGCACCAGUGAAACAAUAAAGUUGCUAUUAACACCUGUUGUUUCAUGUCUCUUCAGAGCUCACUGUUGAACCCAAAGCUAAUGUUGAACCUUCUGAUAAAAGCAAAAGAACUUUUCUUUUGUAGGGACAGAAAAUCAAGGCAUAGUUAACCCUGCCAAGCUGGGCGGCUGCUGGCAUUUCUAAUGUAGGAGUUUGUGAUACAAACCCAGUGCUUCUCCACAUGAUGCUGAGGUGAUGUGUGCUCCCAUUUCAGAAUGCUUUUAUGAUGUACCUGGAGUGAGGAAGAAUCCUACUGGAUUGUGUGCCAGAGAGUUGAGUGCCAAUGAAAUGACAAUGCUGUAGGAAACUGAGCAGUAGAGCGUGGCCAGUGGCAGCUCCUGUGAAACUGGUCCAGUCCAUGGGUUAAUGCCAGUUGCUGAAAGUUUUGACCUGUCUGGUUUGCCUUUACUGAAUGUGGUGUUCUAAAGAUAACUGAUUGAAUUGCAUUACUCUUUGAGUGACCACUGUUCUCUGAAAAUGUGUCCUGGCUUGAUUGGAUAGUAAAUUUGACUUUGGUGGGAUUGUUCAAUAAUUUAGUGCUACCUGUUUUCUGAAAAAGGCAAAUACAAUCCUAGGAAACAAUUGCAGAGCAGACAACAAUUAGAUCAUUAAUAUACUAAUGAAUAGUCUGGUUUGGAGGGGAGGAGGAAUGAAUGGGGAGAUAAUUUAAAGGCUUUACUUCCCCAGGGAUAUAAUUAAUGCUAAUUCAAAAAUCUUAACGUUCCUCUGUAUGUGUUGAUGCUGUUCCUUGUAGAACUGUUAAGCUGUUUUGUUAUAGCACAUCCAUAGGAGAAUGUGAUGAUGAUGUUCAUGUGGAUACAUUCAUAGUGUAGGGAUCUGCCUUCCUGGUUUACAGUAUUUGCUGACCAUGUUUGUUUAGUCCUCAGUGUCAGUCCUUGUAACUUAGGAAGUGUCUUUGAAAUAAGUUUUGCAGUUUCAGCUGCAGUCACCCAAAUGUUGUAGACUGGUGCUUUUUCCCCCUCUCCCACUUGUUAGGGCUACACAGUUAAGACUCUUCCACAGCUCUUAAUUACUUUUAUUGAAAGUUUACAAAGUAAACAAUUUCAAAAUACUGCCUGUAAACUUUAAGAUCAAUUGUAUUACCAUGCAUUUUGACUGUGGCAAUAGCCAAGUAGAGCUGUACAGUAACUAUCACUUGUCAGCAAAGGAAAGCGUCUGUUAGGUUAUGUAGUUAGUGCUAGUGAUGGUGGAACAAACUUGUAUCAUUAGUGAUGCUCAAUGUGACACCUUGUGGGACAAAUAUACUCCAAACUCAGGAUCAGUUUGUGUGAGCUGCUCCUGUGGACAGCACAAUAGCAGAAACACUCUUGGGCAGUAGCAAGGCUGUAAAUUGUAACAGACUUUGAGUCAUGCCAGUUAUGAUGCAUAACCUGGGAAAUAGCUAAACACUUCAAGUGAUACUUUCUUGACCACUAAUGACUUGCUGGAUGGAAAGAUUCAAUGGGUGGGGCAGGGGAAAACAACACCUU